UAACAUGAGAGCUCCGGAAAACGUGGCUGUCCGCCAUAUUGGUGAUGUUUAUUCUAUCACAUGGUAAAGUUUACAGUUUCCCUCAUUUCAUUGUUUUCUGUUCACUUGUUUGUUUGCUUUCCUAACAAUCUUAGCUAUUGUUGCCAACAAAUGCAAGGAGCAUAUACAUGAAAAUGUGUACAGCUAAUAACACUUUAAUCCCUGAGAGUGACUAGCAUCUAAUUUCUUCAUUCAAUAUCACCCCUGAGUCACAUAUUAAGGUCAUGAGAGUAAAGGAAAUGAUAAUCAACCGAAAAACCUCUCAAUUGUUAAACAAAUUCUCCUUGCCAGCACAUAAGGAAAUAUAUAGAGAACAGCAUGGAGAAUAUGCAUUCUCACAUUGGGGUGUAAAGGGUUAAAGACAUCAUGUAAUCAGUUAUAUGUAUGUAGAGUACUGUUUGAAUAUAUGAUUGCAGUAUGUACAAAUGCCAAGUAAACAUUUUAUGGUCUUCUACUCUUCCAUGCCGGAGGUUGCCUUGUGUAAAAAAAAAAAAAACCUUUUCAAAGACACUUCUACAAUGGUAGGUACACACAACUGACAUGUAUGAGUGAAGCAUGUCAAGCAUUAAGAUAUGAUUGUCAAUUUGCCUUUUAUUACUUGCAAACAGCUUAUUUCUAUCAGCUUUAAAAACUUCUGUGUCCCCACUUUCAUUAAAGACAUAAGCUACCAGCAACAGUUUUUCCAUUGCAAGUGUUUCAUAACAUCAGAUUCUCAUCACAUUUUUGUUACAUUUGAAAGCAUAAGAAUAAUUUAAUCAUUACAGUACGAUGAAAUCAUCCAUUUUAACCCUUUAACUCCCAUGAGUGACCAAGACAGAAUUUCUCCUUACAAUAUCAAAACAAUAUCAAGCAGACAAGUGAUGAGAAUAAAGAAAAAUAUCAGUUAGGGGAUUAUAAGAUGAUCCAAUACUAAUCCUCCAAACUAACAUCACAAGAACUGUAUGGGAGAUAUAAUAAGGAGAAUUACGAGUGAGAUCUUGGGGGUUAAAGGGUGAAGUCCCACUGGUGACCUAAACAGAAUUUCUCCUUCCGUUAUUAGUAUGAUAUAGAGCAGACAAGUAACAAGAAUUAAGAAAAAUAUCAAUUAGGGGAUUAUUGGUUGAUCCAAUUCCAAGAGAAUUAAUUUGGAGUUAAAGGGUUAAGACGCAUAUGGUAAUCACAUGUACCAGAAAGACAGCAAAUAAAUAUAACAUUAUACUCCAGUAAAGUGUUUGUAUGUAGAAUGAAGUGUCGAACUCAUUGAAAUUAGGUUGACUUCAUUAUUAAUAUUUUAGUUAAAGAAAUGUGCAAUAUCUCUUUACAAAGAUGAAAAGGGAAUGUCAUUUAUGAAUUUUAAAAUAGUAAAUGCCAAAAAUAUAACGAUGAAAUUUAAAAAACUACUAAAAUAAAGCAUAUCUAUUCACUAAGAAUAGAUUAUAAGAUUAUUAAACCCUAUAAAAUAGGGUUUGUGAAAAAAACCAGGGCAAUAAAAUUAAAGAUUCAGGAGAAGCAUAUGAUUUUAACUUGUUUACUGAUGUUCUCAUCUGAAUUCAAUCUGGAAUGAGAACUCUGCAAGACUUCUGUUUUAUCUUGAAUUAAAACAUAAAAUUUAGUUAUUUGCAGGCAGGUUGAGGAAAUUAAAGGAAUACAUGUUACAUAAAAAGAAACCCCUAACAAUAAAAUAAAGCAGAAGCAUAUUGCCUACAUGUCUAUGCUUCUGAAUACAGCUAAUAAUACGUAUUUUUUAAGUAAUUAUCUACAUAAUUAUGUAAACCAAGUGCAAUAUAUGGUCAUAAAAACAAUUUUAUUCUUACCUUCCUACUUGAAGGGUGCCUUGUGUAUCAAAUAUAUCAAGUUCAGUACCUCCAAAGUCACAAGCCAGGCUUUUGGGGCUACAAAAUAAUAAAAUAAUCAAUGAGUUAUGUCAGGCCAAUUUAUCGAGGGUUAAUUAAGCAUAGUUUCCUACAAUCGUAUGAAAGUUUAAAAUGUGCUUCACCAGUGCUAUAUAUACGGAUUUGUCAUUCUUAAUUACUAUUGAAAGUCCGAGGGUGUGACUCAGUUUUACUUCAAAAGAGAACAUCCCAGCAGGUUACAGAAAUGGUUUGCGAAUUGUAAUCUGUUAAUAUGUUGACAAAAUUUCCCUAAAUUAUGGUGCCGAUACGAAUCUAUUAUUCAUAAUCGCUUAUGGAAUUCCGAGACUAAACCUCAAUGAAUUUAACGGAAAAUAUCCAGGAAGGUUACAGAAACAGACUCUCAAAAACUGCUCUUGAAUUCGAUAACUGUAAACAACAAUUAUUUACGCUAACCAUGUGUUUACCAGCGCGCUUGUGAGGUCAAAUUGCCAGAACCCCGUUUAAUUGCACGAUCACAGCUCGGACGCUUCUUGCAAAAUGUGAUGACUACCAAUUUUAGAGAUUAACUCUUCAGUUUCUAGCAUAAGGAAAAAAAUAUCGUAUCGCAAGCAUCUUCAUCAUAACGCCUCGAGAUGUUGAGCGAAGAGAAAGUGGCUCCAUGUUUUGUGACACAAACCAUUUCCUGAAGUUCGAACGAAUCGAGUAGAAAGCAUGAAAACAUAGCGCUGAAAAGUACGACAACCAAAUAAUUAAAUUCACUCAUCCCGCUGUAGAACCAUCUCCAUUUUGCCCGUAAGUUUGUUUGCACUACACAUUUGCGGUCCGUAAUUUGAUUCUCAGAUGUUUGACGGGUUCUCACAUGAUAAUAUCGUCGAAAUCAAAUUACCGCGUUUGACUUAAUGUAAACAUAAACAUCGCCGACUCAAUCCCAUUUUAUUUUAAUUUUGGGAAAGGCCAUUAUUUCGUUCUUAGGGUAAAACAACACAUCUUCGGCAAAGCGCAAAUUUUUCAAAUGAAUAGAGUAAAUCCUGCGAUGAUUAACUGAAGAGAAAAAAAAGGAGAAACUUGCGCUCGCCGUUCGACAUCAUUUGAAAACUUUCUAGGCAAAACAAAAUGCGUAAGAUAACUUCUUUUCCCAUAACACCACGACUGUAUUAAACUUUCAAACGAAAGGACAAGAAAUAACUUGAAGAAUACGAACACUUUGCAAUAUUAUUCGAGUGAUGAACCGGCGUAAGAGUUUUUAGGCGAUGAAUCCCAGAGUCAAUGUUCAACCGAAACGUGAUCAGUCGAAUUAAAAACUGAAGCUGGUAUCAAACGACGACUGGCAAAAAAAAAGUUUGAAUUUUUUUCUGAGUCUUAGCGUAAGAGAAAACCCAGAUAGGACACGACUUACCUCCUCUUUUUUUUUCGGAUCCUCUGCAAUUCGCUUCUCUUUAUUGAUGACCUCUUUUCUGUCUGUUUUCAGAAGCGACUUUGUAUUUCCUUCUCGCGUUACCCUUCGCUAGAAACUCGCCUUUUUACUUAUGCCCUUUAUUGUGCUCUUUCGUGUUCCUCUUGCCGUAUUCUGCCUAUUUUGGCUUCCUUUGUAGCUUUCUGGCGCGAUUUUCUGGACUCGCUUUACGCCGUUUACUUGUUGCUUUCUUUGGUCGCUCUGUCUCUUUAUAUCCAGCCCAUUUUCAAUUAAAAUCCUCUCACCACGAACUUAAAUCAUAACAAUUUCCUCCGGUUGACAAAGCUUAAACUCUGCCGGUAUUGUUGUCUUACGAUUUGUUUAGAAAUUGCAAAAUACUGAGAAUUACUGUUCAACUACAUCCUGACCAGUUUGAUUUCCCGCUCAAAACGCGGGUGGCAAAUUUCAUCUACAAGCUCACGUAAAGCCCUCGUGCAAUGCCUAACCGUGUGCCCGCAGUACCCUACACUGCAGCUCGACGUCUGAGUAUGCGCACUUUAUCGUCAUCUGACGGUGUCUCUUGGUGCACACUAAAGUUACGCUCGCAGUCGCGCCUGCGCAUUACCUUCUCUCUCGCCCUUCACUACGUAAUGGCUAAGAUAGUGCCCGUUGUACAGUUGGCCGCGCAUGCUAAAAGUAGCACCUUGUACAGUCGUACGGUCGUACGGUCGUACGGUCGUACGGUCGUAUAACCAAAUUUUUUCGGCUUGAUGGGUUACUACUAGUUUGUAUAGUUAUGGGGCUACGCUCUGCGAGCUCCGCUAAUAUCUGUCAAAGGAGCAGAAAUAAGGUGAAAUGAAAGUUUAAUUACAUGCAUUGGGAUACUGUCAAAGGCAAGAGCCUUCUUCGGAGCAAACAUGCCACAAAUGCUCUCCAGCUCACCAGUUGUGGUGGGCUUUAAGUUAAUGGAAGGAUGGUUAUUAUCACCAAGGUAAGAACAGAAAGAGGGAUUUACACUGGGUAUAGAUCGAGCUAGAUUAGGACCAGUGUUUGUAAAGUAUUUACAGAAUCUGUCAGCAAUUUCAAUUUUCAAUGGGAUCUAUUGCCUUCAGAUUUAAAUGAUGUAGGAAGAGAAGACUUAUUUUUACGCUUGUUGAUAACUUAAUUUGACAAUUUCCAAGUUGUUUUGAGGUAAUUUCUAGCACUCUCAAAUUUGGAGUCAUUGUAUAUUUGUUUGGAAAUGCGCAUAAGAUGGAUAAGUUUGUUUUUGUAGGCUUUACACUUCGUCUCAGAAGGUGUUGAAGGUGAUGUGACAAAUUCUUUGAAGAGUCUGUUCUUCUUGUUAAAGGCUUUCAAAAGUCCAGGGUUGAGCCUUGGAGAAAAGAAGCUACCCUCGGGAAAUAUAAGGAUCUAAAAUAUAUACAAAAAGAUAAAAUCUAGUUGUAGUAAGAGGAAAAACCAAUGGUAGAAAAAUCUAAUCGUACAAAAUUGAUGUUAAUUACACUGGGUCAGAAAGUUUGCAUUCUUUGAGAAGUUUGUAUUCAAGGCCGUUUUGUAAAUAAAUUCCUACUCUGCCACCUGUUUUUGAUUUACGAUGGUUGGAGACAAAAUUGUAUCCUGUGAUGUUUACAAGUUCUGCAGUGCAAUCAGUCAGCAAAGUUUCUGAGACGCCAAUCACAGGGAAUGGCAUAUUAAGAUUUCUCAGCAACGAAUUCAGUUGAUUGAAAUUUGUCAUUAAGCUUUGAGUGUUGAAUUGUAUGAUAGAAAAACCACUCGAUUGUUCAGAUCUUCCUCAACAUGUAGCCACUAUUGGGCAGCCAGGUGAUAAAACUGGAGUCGGGAUUCAGAUGACUAUAAAGCGGAUGAAAUAAUUUGGGCCAUCCAACAGGAUUAAAUAAUAAUGUUUCAACAAGGCCAGCAUCUUAACUCAUAGGAGCUUAAGAAAAUUUAUGAACUGCUAAAUUAAAAGAACUAUUAUCCAAGGGAUUAAAAGGGAGAAGAGAUUGAAAAGGUGUGUCAUCAGCCAUUGUCGAAGCAACAAAUUAAAUUACAGAUUGAGUUACAAACUUUAGAGUACCUAGUUGGCAUAAGCUAGACCAUGGUCAUCUCCAGUGGGCUAAGAGACUGAAAAGAUAAAUAUACUCCUAUUACUGUGGAGAGAUAUUUUUUUACUCACUUGGCAGGUAAAAUAAGAAAGAAGUGAAAAAAGAAGAAAAAGAAAAACAGGCUGGAGCUUAACAGGCUAGAGCUUAACAGUCCAUCUCACUUGUUUUAACUUCAGGCCUACCAUAACAUAUCAGUCUAUUACAAUUUGAAAUAUCUUUGUAUGCUUAUCUCAAACGCUUCCAAAACUAUCAAUGUUUUAAGCUCUAUUGAGACGCUUUUCCAGGAAUGUCUUAGAAGACCUUCAAUAAAAUUGCAGUUAGGUAUAAAAUCACUAACCUUUGGCUUGUGAUUUUAAACCUGAUAAAACACUGCUGCUCAUUUAUGAAACACUACACAACUAGUAUUUGGAAAAACCUUUAGUUUGUUGAGAGGUCUGGGCUGGGUCAAAGCAUUGUUCUUGGACAAAACACUUUAUUCUCACAGUGUCCUUCUCUACUCAGGAGUAUAAAUUGGUAGUGGCCAAUUAUCAAGGAAGCCUGAUAAAAUGCUUGGGAGGUUAAAAUUCCAAUGACUAAUGUUGUUCAGGAGGGUCCAGCAAUACUCGUAGUCGCUUCAUGCUUUGUAAACUAGGAUAGUCUCCAGCUGGAUGGGCCACUUGGCUCCGCUACAGACUUUACCUUUUACCUCUACUAACACAUCAUGGAAAGGUUCUGACUAAGAUACUCCUGGCUUGCAUAGUCCUCAUGGCUAUUUCAGUUUGUGUAAAGAGGUAUAUACUGUCUUCGUUGACAUAAGUAUACUGGUUUGUUUCAUAAGCUGGAGGCUCUGGCAAUACAACCGCCCUUACCUCAAUAGUUUGAAAGGUAUUUUCGCAGUGGGUCGUCAUAAGGGGCAAUCGUUUGACUGGCAAACAGUCCAGCAACUCUGGAGUCCCUUAAGGGUCUGUGUUAGGAUCGCCUCUAUUUCCUAUUUACAUUCAUAGUAUUUCUGAUGUUCUCACCACUCUUCCUUUGAUUUAUGCUGAUGAUACUACUCUGUUUGACAUUGUUGACAAGCCGGCCGAGCUGGUGGCCUCAAUUCUGAUUUAACUACAAUUUCUGAGCUGGUUGACAAUUGUUGGUAACUAUGAAUCCUUUUAAAUCUCGCAAUGUUGUAUAAAGUGUAAUAAACAACAACUCCCUUCUAUUUCAUAACUCCAAGGUGGCCAAAGACGUGGAGUCUCACACUCACUCAGGUUUAACUUUUCAGUGUAGCAUGUUGCUGCGAAAUAAUCUCAUUAAGAUAUACGAGAAAGCUUCUAAGCGAUUUAAUAUGCGGAAAUUUGUUGACCACAAAGUUAAUAGAUCCAUGUUAACAUGUUUGUACCUGAUAAAACCACUCAUGGAAUAUAGGGAUGUCAUCUGGAAGAACAGUCAUGAUUGUGAUUCAUGAAAAAAACUUUAACUUUAACUUUAAUAGGUAAUCCUCAAGGGGCUUUUCAGCGUCUAUUUACAUAACUUCAUCAGAUCAAUAAUAUCAACAACUAAUGACUAUUUACAUUAAUAUCACUAAUCAUAUCAAAACUAAUAACUGUUUGCAAGAAUGUGACUCUUAAGUUUCUCCUUAAAUGCCUUUAGGGAGGCACACUGUCUUAAUUCAGGAGAUAUAUUGUUCCAGAGCCUCGCCCCUCUAAAGGCAAAGGACCGCUGACCAGACGCUGACCUAAAGAAUGGAAUCCGUAGAGUUUCACGAUUUCGUGUCCUACGAUUAUGAAUGUCCAAUCUCUUAAAAAACUUACUACUCAAGUAACUAGGGGCAAGAUGGUUCAUGCAUUUAUAAAUCAUGACAGUGGCUCUGAAAAAUAAAAGCUGAUCUACAGAGAGCCAGUUUAGUUCGCGUAAUAGAGGGGUCACAUGAUCGAACUUUCUAGUCUUAGUAAUAAUUUUACAAGCAAAGUUUUGCACUAGUUGUAACUUCUUGAUGUUGAUCGUAGAAGUAUUGGACCACACUGUCGAACAGUACAGCAUUUUACUAAAGACUAACGAUGAUAUUAAUUGUUCGAGCGUUUUCCCAUCAAAACUAUUUUUUACUCGAUUCAUCUGGCAUAGUUUUGCCAUACAGGAGGACACAACAUUGGAAACAUGGCAGUCAUAUGUGAGGUGUGAGUCCAGGGCAACACCUUAAUCCUUUGUUGACGGGACUGGUUCUAAGGACUUGCUCAGAAAAGACACCACAGGAGAAGAGGAAAACCUCUUCCUCAGCUGCUUAGUAGCGAAGAACAUAAACUUGGUCUUGUCUGGGUUUAUCAAAAGCUGAUUUUCACAGCACCAAGCUGCGACGCGCGGUAGGUCUUGUUCUAGGUUUACAAUCGCUGUGUCUACGUCAGGUAAAGAAAAGGACAGGAAGACCUUGGAAUCGUCGACAUAUGAUUCAAGACCACACACUUGAGGCGCGCGAGGCAGAUCGUUUAGAUAAAUGCAAAAUAGCAAUGGUGAGAGAAUUGCCCCCUGAGGGACUCCGUGGGUGAUAGGCAGGGGAUCUGACAAGAUGGAAUUGAUCCGAACUGACUGUGAUCGGCCCGUUAGAUAGCUUUUAAACCAGUUCACUACAUGCGGAGAAGCUCCGACGGACGAGAGUUUAGCAAGCAGUUUAUCAUGAUUCAAGCUGUCGAAAGCCUUCGAAAGGUCUAACAGGGUCAAAGCGGUUAAGUUCUUCUUGUCCAUUGCCUCCAGGAGGUGGUCUGCCAUGAAGAGGCUUAAAGUCUCGGUCGAAUGAAGUUUCUUAUUUCCACUCUGGUGAGAAGAGAGUCUACCGUUGCUAAAAAGAUAUGCGCUGAACUGAUUGAGAACAACCUUGUCACAUAUCUAAGAAGGAACAGCAAGUAGUGACAGGGGCCGAUUAUUUGAGGCUACUUCAUGGUCCCCUUCCUUAAGUAAAGAAAUCACUUCCGCGAAUUUCCACACAUCGGGAUACUUAGCAGACUCGAGAGAAAAGUUUAUAAUCUCCGUAAGGGGACCCAAGAUGACAGGAAGACAAUCCCUGUAAACUCAGGUAUGUAUUUUGUCAGGGCCUGGAGACUUGUUUAGCGGCAAAGAUGAAAUAAUGCGUCUUCACACGACACACGCUUAAAGUCAAAAAGAUCUCCAGCAGGCGGUGAUGGUAACUGCUGCUCUUACCAAGUGAUGUUAUUAAUUUCUGCAAGAUGUCUAGCAGCGAGGGCUGCAGUCUUACCAACUGACGUAAAAAACACAUUAAACUCAUCAGCGACUGUCUUCAGGUCUUUGGUAUAAACUCGUUGAGGCUCUUUGUUCUUUGAUGGAAUAACGCUAUUGAUUACUUUCCAGAGUGAACUGGGAUUGCUCUAGGACAAGGGACAAAUGGACAAGGGCGAUGGCGAAUCCUGGUUGUUCUGACGGGAGCAUGCAAGUCCAACGUGCUUCCAACAACAUCAUUGAGAGUGUUAAGUUUGGUAUCUACAUCACCGCAGCUAAAGAUGCACAAGAGCUGGUCUGAUUGGUUAGCAAGAUCAGUAGUAAAUGCGCCUGGCUCAUAGUUCUUAUAACUACGUUCUGUUAUGUAGUGGGGCAAAGGCUUGGGUGCUUUCACCUCAUGCUCUACAAAAACUGGCAGGUGAUCACUGAUGGAGUAGUUGAUCACGCCGCUACCACGUACCGACUGAGGGCAGGACACCAAAAUAACAUCGAGCAGGGACUCAGUUGUAGUUGUAAUCCUUGUUUGAUGCUUAAUGAGUUGUUGAAGAUUCAUUUCAGAAGAGAAAUUGUUUAACGCUCUGCUCUCCGCGCAGGCUUUUCUUAGAUCACAGUUUAAAUCCCCAAGGAUCACGAUGGAUUUGUUGAGCGUCAGUGCUUGCAUGUAAGUAGGUUUCAGGGUAUCCUCGAAAGCACUAAGGGGGCAGUCAUCUGGUCGGUAGGUUGUACACACUAUAACUGACUUUGUUUUCUUCCACUGAAGACUUAUCCAGAGUUGGUAGAAAUUUCUCUCGGAAAUUGAUGAAAGGUCUUUUAAAACGUUAGCUUUCAAAUUAUUGCGAGUAUAGACACAAACGCCUCCCCCUCCCAUGUGGAGCCGAUCAAGUCUUGAGAGCUUGCAUCCUUCCAAGUUCACCUCCAGUGAUGAAACGCUCGUGUUCAGCCAGGACUCAGAGAUGGUAAGAACAUCGAAUUUACCUCUUUUAUUCAGUUCUUUAAGUUGGAUAAAGUGUUCAGAAUGUCAGAGCGAACGAAUAUUUAGAUGAAGAACUUAAAGUCUGUGAGAAUCUUGAAUUCGGUCUGAGUCAAUGAUCUCUGGUGGAUGAACGGGCGAUCUGGCUUUGUUUACAUUUAAACGCUCCAAUGAUUUGAGAUUAUGUAAAUCUGAACCUACUUGGUUGAAUCUGGAAUCCUUCUUAGGCCUAUAACAUGCGGGAAUAUUGGAAAUCUUGUUUCGGAAUGAAACUCCCGCACGGCCUCCCCUGCUUUUGAAAAUGUUCUGGUUCUUAAGCAGACGUAAGAGGUCUUGAGAGAGGGGAUAUUUCGAUCUGAGAUUGAGUAAUUGAUUCCUUGAAUAGGCUAUUGUUGUGGUGGCGUAAUAAUUUAAAUACGAUUCCAGUGAACUUUCUCUUCUUGUCGCAACUGCGUCUUCCUCCGGGCCAGGGUUAGCCUCUAUAUCCAUAUGGAGAGUCAAGUCCAUCCAGAAAACUCGGCUAGAAAGAGCCAAGACGGUGGUACCAUGUCUUGUAGUUCUGCUAAUAGGAAGGUUCAAGUUCGAAUUAGUUUCACCCUCGUUACGCUUGAAAACCACUUUAAGGGUCACAGCAAAAAAUCGCGUAGGAAUUGAGCUAUCGUGUCAUAAAACCCCCAUAUGGUCCUCAGGAAUCUGGUGAUCUUUGUUCUGGCUCGGAUGGUAAUCGAACCUCCCCAGCCACAACGCCGGAAAAUCGAGAAAACAUAGGAUAGAACAGAGCCUUAGAAAAAAGCAUGCAGCCAACAUGGCGCAUACAUUACCAUACUGGAUAGCGUUCGUUAUGAAGUCGCAAGGAUGGUAAUGAGAAGUUCAUAGAUGAAGCCAAUUUUACAAAAUAGCUACGAAUAUGGAUCCGCAUUUUUAAAUUGAUUUAUUUCCCAAACUACCUGAUGAGCCUCACAUUUUCAUCGUAAAUCUAGGGAAACCUUCACACAAUUUCCAUUUAAACUGCGAGAUUUUGUCUUUUUUUCCAUUCGUAACCACUGGCUGGAAUUCACUGGACCUAGAUUUCCGAAACUCUGUGCCUCUUCCUGUUAAAGCAAAAACCCGGUCAAAUCUCUUCCCCCCUACUUAUAAUAGUUCAUAUGAUUGUUCUUUUUAAGGCGUGUAUCUUUUGAUCACAACCACCUAACACUUUGGUUGUUUAGUCUUGGGCAAAAUGUCUUAAAAAUUAAUAGCGUAUCAAGAAAAGCGAAUCAAGUUUGAUUACAAUAGCCUUUCUUAAGUGGUUAAAAAUGACCGUAUAUGGCCACUCUGGAACAAAGAUGAAACAGCUUUAAAAUACACGCGGGAUUUUUCAAAAUUUUCGUUUAUCAUACGAGUGGCAUAUUUAAACCAUCGGCAAAACUGAUGGAAAGACACAUCCUCCCCGUGGGGGGUGAUACUGGUUGAAAUGUUUUAGGAUGCAAAUAGUCACGGUGGGGUGGAUGGUGGGGCGACUGUUGCUUUCGUAACUGAAGUAAAGAGAUGCCACUGUUUUUUCCUUUCUAUUUUUUAAAACUGGCAAAAGAUAUAUUUAAUUAAAGGCUCACUGUGCGAUGUAAUGGUAAUGAGAACAUGUGUAACACGGUAUUAACGUUUGAAGCCUCUUGCGCCGUUGAAUCAUUUAGAAGACUAUCGUCAUUCACUCGACUGUUCAAUCUGAUCAAAUUUAGCGCCGCGUGAAAUAAAUUUUGUUCCUAAUGUGCACAAAAGGCUGAAUAUUCUCCUUCCUCUAGCGUGUGUUUAAACCUGGUAAUAACGUCCGAAGCCUCGCACGUCGUUAAUUCGUGUAUUUUCAUGGGUAUCAUUCUCUUUUCGUAUUUCAACUCAACGAAAGGAGGUAAAAAAACAAUGGCGAGUGGAAAUAGUCGCACGUGUUUGUCAUUUUCUCCCAUUUGACUCGACUGUUCAAUCCGAGUGUUUAUCAUACAAUUGCUAAAUGUUUACCGAAGCGUAAAUGCAUGCGCCCAGCAAAAACUUGACACGCGAAAAAAUCACACCCCUUGGUUCGUUAAAUGCUGCCUCGCUUGAUUGAAAACAAGCAUGAAGUCAUAACGCCCGCUUUUUGCGAAGGGAAAGUUUGGGAAAAUUGUUGAUAACUUUAUAAUUUUAAUAAAGACUGUUAGAAUCCACCGUUAAACUACAAUAGUUUUAAAGAGAGUGACUAACUUCAAGCAAGACUGGUUUUUUUUUUCUCCGAAAGGGAAUUUGAAACAAGAAAAAAAUUCACACCUUUUUCAUUGUGAGACCCAACAACAGUCAAUAGAUAACAAGUUAGGGUUAAUGCUGGGUUAGGGGAGGGGUAGGUGGGCAGUUGCCCAGAUACUGAUAUUGAUCCCAAAAGCCUUCAUUUGGCGCGAAUAUGUGCUCCGAUAUUUUUUGGCAUACAUGAUAUGUUCUAAGAAGCGAACAGUAGUUGUGAGUUUCGACGUACAGAUUAUGUCCAAGAUCAACUUAACGAGCACUUUUGCGCUCCAAAUGGAGGCUACUGUGUUUGAUUUUCUUCAAAUAAGCCUCGCUCAUAAGCCGUCGUGGCUUCUCGAGACUUCCUCGCUUUUCCUUUUUCUAUUUUAUAUUUCCCAUUUAUUUUCAAUGUAAAUUAGCUUUGUUCCCCUUUUAUUAUUUAAUAAAGGAAAAUGAUUAAUAAACUGGACAAAUAAAUAAGAUACUUUUGCAACGCGCGGAACAAAAUGUUUACUGCAUGGAAGGUUUACUUUCCAGUGUUCUCUGUACGACUUAAUGAACAAGAAAUAUUACUUUUCUUCUGUAACAACGGCAAAACGCACCUACUUCCUCCUUUUAAAUUAACUUUUCAGUGGCGUUUGAAGCGACAUUUGUUUAGCAUUAAAAUCUAUUGAGAGUUUGAAAUAAUCGACGUGAGUGCCAUACGACUUUUCCUUGACCAGUUUUUUCAUGUAGUAAAACGACGGUUUGGCGGCUAAAACUGAGUAAUUCCAUUUAACUCGCGGCCAAAGCGAUCAUACUACAUAGCUGCGACGUAGAAUACAUCAUUUUAGACAUAAGGUUUGAAAAUUGGAAAAUAUCACUUGAGAAAUACGUAAAAAAUGGCCUUAAAUAGACGAGCACAUUUCUGCGCCAAAUAGGGACUAUUGUAUUUAUUAUCCUUCAAAUAAUUUUGCAGCUAACGGGAAAAUGUUUACAAACAGCUUACCGUCUACUGCGUCGAAUGUUCACUUUUCUAGUUCUCUGUACGACUUUAUGAACAAAUAUUUUCUUCUGUAACAACGGCAAAACGCUCUCGAUGGUGUUCAGGCCAAUCACGCGCGAGCAAAAUUAUUUGAAAGAUUAUAGUUAACAGUACUUCUUUGAAGACGAAGUGAAGAUUGUUGAAUUGUUGAAUAACCCCCGAAACGAAGUCGAGGGGAUUAUUCAACAAUAUUCAUUGAGGCCGAGGCAAAUAAUUGUUUUAGUAUAAUUUCUCAGGUGCUUUCGAAUUCUGUUGUAAAUUCGUUUUGUUUUUUAAACCAUUUUAUUACAAUUGUUUUGAUUCCUCGUAUUAAGAUAUUAAGUAGCCAGUCUCCACUAGGAAUUAACAGGUUUAUUUAAUUCAAUUAGCAAAAACUUCUUAUCUUUCUUUUGAAAAGGGUUACGCCAAUCUUGGUGGUAUCUUUUGUGCUCUUUCGAGUUGUAUUUUUUCUUAUAGCGUUUAUCACUUCCUGCGUAACAUUGACCAAACGCGAGGCAGCCAUUUUGAAAUUUAGCGCCCCUGCUAGAUAUAACGCAAUCCUCGACCAAUCAGAGUGCUCAUCUCUAUAAUCACCGUAGCAAUUACACUAAAUGCUGUUGUAAAUUCGUUUUGUAAAUUGUAAAUUUUGGCAUAACUGUUUGGAUUACGCGUAUCAAGAUAAGUAGUAAGUUUCCACUAGAAUUUAACAGUUUUCACGUUUAUCACUUAAAACGCGAGGCAGUCAAUUUUGAAAUUUAGCGCCCCUGCUACAAUCACCUCGCGCGAGGUGAUUAUAGCGAGAUAUGACGCAAUCCUGGACCAAUCAGAGCGCGUGUAUUUCUAUAAUUACCGGAGCAAUAAUAAUAAUAAUAAUAGUAAUAAUAAUAAUAAUAAUAACAUUUUAUUGGUUAUAACAUCGGAUAUCCUUUCAUUGUACCUGGGACGUACUGGGCCAAUUUGCGCUUUCAGACCAAUCGAGCGCGAGCAAAAAUAUUUGAUAGACUAUGAUUAACAGCUAUUCACCAAAGUGGAGGUAGCUAAUGGUGGAUUUAACCGUGCGAGUUGCUGGGUUGUGAAUAGUCAAGGAUAUUCGGACUUUAAGUAGCUAGUUAAACCGCUCUUUUAGUAAAUGCUAACAGCGGAUAGCUUUAUGUUUUCCGGGCCACCUAACGCCUACAGACCGAUCGCGCACGAAAAUAUCUGAUGGAUUGUGUUUUCCAUUACAAUCCGUGCAUAAUAAUCCAUCAAAUAUGUUGAAAAGUCUCCCAGAAAUCCCUCAGCGUCAAAUCUCAAACCUAACGUUUAUACGAAAAAAUCGCUUUCGCAAAAGCUUCUCUAUCACUGUCGCCUUCCUGUACAUUCUGCGGCUGCUGUUUACCAUGUUUACCAUAUGUAAAUAAAUUCCAACGUUCGAGACCUUCAGUUGGUCGAAAGAGAGGGACUUGAUGAUAUCUUACAAGCAUCAAUUAAUUAAAGAUAGCAAGCUAGUUACGCUGUUUUCGGAUCGGAAUAAAGAAAUUGCUGUUGGUUGUAGUCUUCCGUUAAGAGUUCUUUUUUUUUUUUUUUUUCUCUACUAGAUUUAUGGAGGCAGUAUGAAGAUGUCUUAGCGCAGAGCCAGAGUCAACCUACCCGUGAGCAAAUAAAACCAACAACAUCAUUCCAGGAAACGACUGUUUAACUGCAUACAUAUAAUUGAGAGCUCCAGGCAACAAGAAAUGUACCUAUUGGAGGUUUGUCUGCGCUGUCAAAUUAAGUCUGUUCAAAUUGAUAGGAACUAGAGUUGUCUCACGUAGGACCAUGGUAUAGCUAGAGUAUUUUUAAAGAUGGAUAGAUUUUGUUAGAGUAAACUGUUCAAAUUUACCAUGUAGAUCAGCUAGUUUGGGGGGGAGGGCCACGUUAGCCUUGUUACCCCCUAGACUCUUAAGACGCCCUUUGAUCUGGGAUACAUUUCACAGUGGCAAUCGCUAUUUGUACUGUUUCUCGCCCAAUUUUACAUAAUUACAAAAUGUGAACCGAACAGAGUGACACGAAUGGCGAGGACGUGUCAGCAAUUGAUUGGCGAUAUCAGACACACGUAAAACAGUUAUCGUAAUUUUACACGUGUGUGAAGUCACGGCUUUUUAUAAAAAGCAGCAGUUUAUAUAACAAUAUAGAAUAGUACGAGGCAAUACCUUACUUCAAUACUUCAUGUUACACGUUAAGAACGCAUAUUAAGACAACAGUCUUUUCUUUGUGCAAUAAUUAGAUGUGGAUAAUCUUACUGUGAUUAAGUAGAUGUUUCUUUAAGAUCGUUCAAGACAAAACUAUUCGGCAUAUAUCUUAUAUUUUACUGUAAGCAGCACCUAGGGAUGUUGGAAAUUGCUCCCGUACCACUCAAAAUCCCUUUUAUUUUUCUCUGCUUUUUCACGUUACUGUAAACUACCAUAAAGUUACUAGCAGUUUACACUGGGUCGUGCUGAAGCACCAAUGUCCAGAAAUGCACUCAGUAACGAAAAUUGCAAAUUUGACAAAAGUUUGUCAAACCGAGUGAAUGCUCAUAGAGUUUCGCGAAUUUCAAUCCAAUCCGUCAGAGAGAAAUCAGCUUGGCGGAAUUGAUGAUUUUCUUUUCUGUGUGUAUAUUUCUGGACAUAUCUUUGCUUAGGAUGCAAUAAAAAAAUUUAUCUUCUCUCGCUCAUUCUCUUCUCUUAAAAUGGGCUAGGAAUCCCGCAAAGGACGCCGCCAUUUUGAAAAAACAAAUAAACAAACAAAAAACAAUCUGGCUGCACAUCCAUCACAUAUAGGGAGAACCAUGAUAAGUGGUUCACAGAAAGUCUCCUACUGAUAAUCGCGAAAAGGAGAGGGAUGGAUGCCAAGUGGUUAAAGCCAGUGGGUUGUUAGGACGCAGGUAAGCGACCAGACUGUGACGCAGUGUUCAAAAUGGCGGCGUCCGAAAUCGUUCGAUUAAAUAAUUUGAAAUUUUUUUUUCCCCAAAUGAUUAGAUACUUUUUGGAGUCUCUAAACGCCUUAAGCUGUUGGGUUAUAUUGAUUUAUUGGUUAGGGAGCUAAAUUUCGCAUCAAGAGGUUCUGGUCCGUUUUAUACAGGGUUGUCGUGAUUCUGCUGUGAUCUUAGGCAAGACUGAACUUUACUCCCAUAGUGUCUCUAGGUCAGGAGGUUCACAAAGUCUUGAGCUAGCCUUAAGAUGAAUAAGUAGGUAGGCUAAAAAGCUAUUUAUGCUGAAUUUUUUGUAUUCUUCCUUAUUUUAAUAAUCAAUUUUACGCAAUACAGUUUUUAAUAAAACUCGUG